AUGGCUUCUCGUUUAACAAGUCGGUUGAGUAUAAAGUUUGUUUCACAUGUUGCAGACACAGUGGAACAAGUUCAGGCAACCAAUAAUGCCCCAAUUCAGAUGAAUGUAAUUCAGAAUAACUUUGUCAACAGGAACUGUCUGAGGGGACGCGACUAUGACCUACAAGUUGAUGAGAAAAGUUAUCGACAGGAUGAAGAAUUGACAACAGCCAAGAUAAAUGAAAUCACAGUACGUUAUUCGGAAAAUGAUUUGAGAGAAGCGACUGACUCAAUAGUUGGGAAAGUAGAAAGAAUACCAUUGAUGGUAGACAACAUUGAUCUGGAAGAAAUUUUCAUAGAUUAUUGCGAUAGAUGCGAAACAUCUUUGAGUAUGCCAAAAUCUGAAAGUCUAAAAAAAGUUGGUUGUUUAUCUUCAUUACUUAUUUGUCCAUCAAUGACAAAAAAGCAGAAGGAUAGUUUACAAGAUUGGAAAGACGCUUGGCACGAUAAAAAGGAAAUUGAUGAAGACUUAUUAGAUGUGGUUCAUAAUAUUCUUGGACUAUAUAUUGAAGCUUUUGAAGCUCCAUAUAAUGUACUGAAAUCAAGGGAUCUUGAAGAAAAACAAUUUAGCGCACAAUUUAUAAGCCCAAUAUUAAAAAAAUACACUCAAGUAUUGACCUCAAAGCGUGCAGAUGGACUUGCUCAUCUCUGA